AGUCUUGUUCAUUUCCACUAUCACUUGUUAUCUCUGUUUACCGUUUAUUUAAAUUAUUGCCAUUGGUUCGAUGGAUUGUAUCAAUAGUAAUCAUAACUUUCUUCAUAAACUCUUUUCCUUUCUUCUCAUCAUUUCUUGUUAAUCAUUAACCUUAGCUUAAAGUUGAUUGUUAUUUCUCAUUUGUGCUAUCAGUACGAUUUUGUUAUUACCUUGAAUGUGUUUUCUAGUUGAGGUGAACAAAAAGCUCUUCUCUACUUCAAUAAACUGUUCAUUUAAUCAAUUUUCCUCUGAUUACUGUUGUCUUUUUGCUUGCUAAAUGUGCUACUUGACUCUACACAAUUUAAUAUGGUGACAGUUGCUUUUCCCAAUUAAACUUGUACCUUAAUUGGAUCCAAAUUUUAAAUGGGAUUUACCUGUUGUACUCUCAAAUUAUGGACAACAAUCGCCGUCAUCUAUUCAAUAAUCAACUAUUUGAUUUUUACUGGGGCUGAUUUUUUCAUAUUACUCAGCAUUGUAACACCAUCCUUAGUUUUAUUUAACCAUGAGUCCACCAGUUGGAGCCAAUUUGUUGAUUCCUUCAGCAAAAUUGAAAAUAUUCCCAUUCUCCUUGGAAUCGUCUUGAUUCGUUUGAUUCUUCGGUUAUUUUUGAUAAUCUCUGUCCCUGUCCUUUCCAUUGGUAACCGUCGAGAUCGCCGUAAAUAUUUGAUUCCAUGGGAAAUGAUUGUUGCCAUUUACAUAGCUGCCUUGAUUGCUAGUUCAAUAUACUUUCUAAUUGUUGAAAAUAAGGAUGGAUUCAUUAAUGAAUUUCCUAAUUGGAUCAAAUCAAAUUUAACUCAACUUGAUGCUGAAUCAAGCAUCCAGUGGGCUCGACUGACAAUAUUUUUAAAUUUAAGCGAUGGUGGACUCGGAAUCUUGUUUUGGCUAAUCUUGCUUUUCUGUGUUCACCUUCGUUGUGCCCAAAUACGAUAUGAAAAGAAUCAACUUCGCCGGCUUGGCCAAUGGAAUACCAACAUUUUAACUUACCGUAUUCCUCGAGCUCGCCUCAAUUCAAUAGAUCAACCUCACAUGGAUUCAACCCUGGAAAUGAGAUCAUCCAGAGUACCUGUUUACCCGACAACAAUUGGAACAGCAACCAUGAAUUCAACUGAAUCACGGUCACCAUAUUACGAUAACCAGGCCUUUAAAUACUAAAAAAGCAUGAAAGAUUUAGCAAUAGCUAUGUAAAUGAAAUGAGAGAAAUUGAUUUUGUGUUUUAAAUUUUUUCUUUAUCAUAAUUUAUAACAACAAUUUAAAUCUUGUUUACAAUCUUGGCAAAUGUUUUGUUUUUUUUCUUACUAUUAAGCAUUUAAUAGACGGAAUAAAUAAAAAGUUCUGAGUCCUGUAAAAGGGUUUUAUGCCUAUUGGAUA